AUGGCCGCGGCGGCACCUGAGCAUGCCGCUCAUUCCGCGGCCGUGCAGCAAUGGCCAUUUCCACUUUGGGCUUGGGCAGAGGAGCGAGUCGCGCGCUGGCCCGGGGAGGAGGAGGAGAAUGGGGAGGUGGUCGAGGUUUGCAAAGGGAAGGCGUCGUGGAUUGACGAGGAUGCGUUGCAUGGGCCCAAGGUUAGCGGCGGGAAUGUUGAGGUGACGACUUGCGGCGGCGGCGGCGGCGGUGGUGGUGUUGUUGUUGGUGGUUUCAGAAAAAAGAAGAACAAGGAGAAGGAUCGGGGGUCGUGGCCCCUGAGAAACCGCGCGCCGACAUCGCCCCGGUUGCACCAUACUAUCAUGGGUAGUCCGUAUCUCAAGUCCGGCGCGAGGGGUGAAUCCUCAGAGACCCUGUUGUGUGAGGCCUGGGAGACCAUUCAAGCGGUCGGGAUGGAGCAUACUCAGCUGAGGGCUUUCUCGGAGGUGCUCCCUCAGCCGCCCAAGCCGGCCUUGGUUGCCAACAGGGACAACGGUAUCGUCAGGCCGCCAGUUACCAUGGGAUAUGUGUAUGGCGCGUCGAGGAUCCCAAAGCCCAUCGUAAGUCCUCCUGCCAGCCCAGUCCGGUCUACGCCCACCAUGCCGUCUAGGCAUCGGGGCAGGCAGCGGUCGACUGAGUCGACCUUAUCGGGAAUCCUGAGGUCGACGGAAGAGAGGCUGCGGGAGGGGAGCAUCUCUGGAGCCGUCGAAGGCCGCAGGGCUACCUCAUCGCCUACCAGGACGUCGCCUGGCAAGGAUAUCGGUCCAACAGAAUCGGCGGCGACAGGGGCUCGGUCCAGGACCCCAAGCCCAAGAAAGAUUGUCUCCAGCCAGUCCUUCGCACCCGGUCACACGCGGCAGGACUCGCAGCAAUCAGUCUCUUCAGAGACAGCCAGCCUCAGGCGUGAGGAGUGCCCGAACCCGGACAUUUCCUCCGGACUCACCAGCCCAAGCCGCAAUUACCAAAGGCCGGAGGCAGAGAAGCAGCCCAUGCAAACCCGGGCUAUCCGCACCUCCUUGUCAUCCGAGCUUUCCACGCUGUACAGCGAGGAUGAGAUGCCGGAGGAGGUCAAAAGGACCAUCAUGCCCCUUGAGACCUCGUCGUGCAGCCCCAGCAGGCUGCCAACGUCCAGCUGCCAUCCAUGA